GCUUGCUAAGGAGACAGUCACCUUCUCAGGGCUUGCAAUAGCUUUGGGAUCCUCAGAUCCCGGGCGUGGGGCCGGAGCCCCCAUAAGACCUAAUGCAAAAGUGGGGUGGGGUGUCCCUGGGGCCAGCUCCCCCAGAAGCCACCUCGCUGGAGGACAGCCGUCGGGACGAUGGCGCAAGCCUCUCACCCCCCCCCCCCCCAGCGACAACAGCCACGGUGACAAAAUGGCAGCUCGGCGCCCGACAGGCGAGCCACCGGCACAGCGCCGGGGACGGCUGCCCCUGCACCCCGAGAAUGGGGCACCCUGGGGCUGGGUCUCACGCCGGCCUAGCACUGCAAAUGGCGAGGACAGACAGUCCCGCAGGUCCGAGAGGGUCGAGGGCCCCCGGCCCGCCGCGCCCUCUCCAGACCGGAUCCCCAGGCCCGCGCCGCCGCCGCCGGGCUUCUGCUGCGCCUGUGCGCGCCCGGGUCCCCUCCAGUGGGCACCAGGGUCCCCGCCGAGCCGGGUUCGUGGCCUCCGUGGGGGAGGGGCGGGCCGCCGGCGCCCCGGGAAACAUGGCUGCUCGUCCUAGUUCGGCGGCGUCGCGGCCACCAGUCCCCGAGAUGCGACUUGGGAGAGAGGUUGCAGAAGGAGGCAGCCCAUCUUCUCCUCCCCUCGAUCAUCUUUUCCAUCCAGACGCGAGUCGUGGGAGCUGAGAGCUCGGACGAGGAGGAUCCUGCGCCAGCGGAAUUCAAUCAAUAAACCCCGAACCCACGGCCGCGCGUUUUAGGACUUUGAAGGCUCAACCAGCUCCGCUCGGUGCUCGAGCCCCCAGCACCCGCGGCGCACACUAACCUGAUCACUGUGGAGGCGGGAUUUGCAGCUCCAGCGUGGAGCGGCGGCAGCACGAGCCAAUCGAGUGGCGAGGCUUCGGAUGCCAGCCAAUGGUGGUGGUGGCGGCGGGGGGCAGGGUCCAAUGGGCGGCCUGUGCAGCGGGCCAGGGAGGCUCAGCCAUUUGGCUGUGGUGCUGGAGACGGACCCCUUUAGAUACCCGGGCGACCGAGGAGAAGCGCGGCUGCAGCUUGGUGGCUGCGCGCGGGGGGCGGGAGGGAAGGCAGGGCAGGUGCGUGGACCUGAAGGUUCGUGGCCGGGGGCGGGGCCGCAGGU